CUUCUCCACGUCGGCCAGAGAGCAGUACCAGAAGCUGCUGAUCAUGCACGGCACCAUGGGAACCCUCUACCAGAACAUGCUGGACUACUUGCUAUGGACUCCAAGAAGACCUCCGUCGAGAGAUCUGUCUGCUAUCAGAACCAUGUUCCUGGUGAGUGGAGACCUCAGCAACUUCAGAACCAUGUUCCUGCAAGCGCUGAAGGAGAACGUGAGGAGGAGAGAGGCGGAGGAGAAACAGAGGAGAGCGUGGGUGGCCAAGGAGAAGGCGGAGAGAGAGAAGCAGGAGAGACAGCAACAGAAGAAGAGGAGACUGCUGGAGGUCAACGCAGAGAACAGCGAUGAGACAGGAGUGAUGGAUAGUUUGCUGGAGGCUUUGCAGUCUGGAGCAGCGUUCAGAGACCGACGGAAGAGAGCACCCCGGCCCCGAGAUGGUCAGAUGAGCCUCAGUCCCAGUUCGUACCUCCAGGUUCUGAAGCCCUGUAACCAUGUCUUCUCUACUCUGAGCUUACGACCGUCCUCUCGCCGUCUUCUCUACUCUGAGCUAACGACCGUCCUCUCGCUGUCUUCUCUACUCUGA